AUGCUGGCCCGGCCGGCAAACCGUCCUGCUACUGCUGCUAUUGCCGUCGCGGACCACAAGCAUAGUUUACUCCAGCAGCACGAGGACCGUCGACAAACUCCCUCCUCCGAUAUAGCAGCGGCAUUCCACACUUUCGACACCCCCAUUAAAUUUCCCCUCGACUUAAAGUACCCGCCGCCGUCAUAUGCAACUGCUCAUCACGACCACGAUCAUAGAGGCCUUGUCUUCCCCGACGCCCCCAAGACGGAACUCGCUCCCAUCCACUCCUUCACUGGCCUCCAGAAUGAUCAAAAGCAAACCAACUUUCUGCCUUCACUGUCGGCCUUGACAGCAUCGUCCGCACCGCUAUAUCCCACGUCGUCUUAUUCUCACCAACCUCGCCAGCUUUACUCUCACCCACCCGAACCGACAUACGCUCCUCCGCCACCGCCUGCUGCUGCUGUCUCUCCAGCGCCACCUCAACCACAGCACUGGCCGAGUCUCAACCCGUUAACUGCGUACUACACCCCGAGUCAUGUCCAAAGCGCCGAUUCUCCGAUGCGAAUGGACGUAGACUCAAACAGCAACAGCGGUGUUAGCGCAUCUUCACCAGAACGCUUCUCCGACGGUCGCGCAAGCAGUGUUAGUCUCGAUGACCCCGAUGUCCGCCUCGCCGCCGAGGCUCUGGGGGACUUGCGAGCAGACUUCGUGUCUUCCCCUCCGAACAGGAACACACCAUUGCCCGGUUCGCCGCGAUCGCAAUCCAACGCUUUACCACCAGAACCACUUCUCGCCUUGCUUACGACGUCACAUCCAGUACUAGGACACGCUAUAGAAGGUACCGUGUCGGCCUACAAUGCCUCAAAAAACUACUCGCCACGCUUCAAGUCCAGCGCGGAAUACGUCGAGGGAUAUGUCACGCCAAUCGCCAAUACCGUCGGGUCAGUUGGACGUGUGACCGGUAUGGAAGGUGGUGUCCGCUGGUUCUUAGGCGGCGGAAAGAGGCAAAAGUCCGGGAGCUCGGAUCUCGAAGCCGGCGAUCAUACUUCCAACAAACGGAAACGGGUCGAGUAUGGACCCGUUAAUGACGAGCAAGAGGAUGAGACAAUGUCGGGCGCAACAACACCGAGGCCAUCCUACGAUCACUGUGACCGACGGCUGUCUGUCGCCAGUACUGUCGACACGUUACCUGCGUAUGAUGAAUUUCGAUCACCCGCCUAUACCGAGUCAGAUUCCCGACCGACGAGCUCUUCAGCAUGGCAGUCCUGUCUCAUGAUGUCCACUUCGGGUCUGAGCAUCGCUAUGAGUGAGGAAAGUCUGCGCAGUCUGAAAUACUGCCUCAGCUGGCUUCGGUGGGCUAACGUCCACAUCGGCAACGUCAUCAACUCGCUCAAGACCACCAUGGACAGAUUUGAAAGGCCGCAAGCCAGCGCCGACGGAGACGAACCAAUGCGAGGUGUGAAUCAUGGCGAGGACGCUCGCGACAGACAUGAAAUGGCAGUCAGGAUUACUGCUCUCAGAGCCGAUGUGCUCAAGACGUUACAAGGCGUCAUUAGCACCGUCAGCAGAUAUGCUGGUGGCGCUCUCCCUGAGAAUGCUCGCAUUCUCGUCAGGCGUCAUCUUACCAGCUUGCCCCAACGUUUCCGUGUCGCAAACAUGACUGGCGAAAGUCAGUCGACGAGUGACCGUGGAGACCUGAGCGCAGAAGAAGCCGGUGCGGCCAAGGAAAAGGAAAUGCGCGAAGGCGUUCAACGGGUUCUCGUGUUGGCAAAAGAAGGCCUCGACAUGAUGGCGCAGGUGUCGGGUGUUCUGGAUGGCACCAUCGUCAGUGCCGAGGAAUGGUGCGAGCGGCUGGGUAGGAAGAAGAGAGCGCAGAGAGAAGCACUACUUGAUGGGCCACCACUGCCUCAUGUGCCUUUGGAUGAUUUCAAGUUUGGUUGA